AUGAGUAGUUUUACUCUUCCUAUCAUUGAUUUGGAUCUUUUUUCGAGAGAUAAAACAGCUUCAGAAGCAAUAAAUGAAUGUAAAAAGGCUGCGAAUGCUUUACGUGAAUAUGGCGCUUUAUUGGUUCGUAAUUCAGGCGUAAAGGAAGAGGAUAAUUCUCGUUUUUUGGAUUUACUUGAAGAUUAUUACGCUCAGCCCUUAGAGAUCAAACUUAAAGAUGCGCGUCCGGACUUUGGAUAUCAAGUUGGUGUAACUCCAGAAUUCACGGAAGAACCUAAAUGCAACCGGGAUGUCAACUGUCAGAAGCUAAUUAGCCAAUUACCAGAGGAGAAUAGACCCUUACCUAUAUCUGGUCCCGAUCCUAAAUGGCGAUUCUUUUGGCGAAUUGGAGAGAUUCCAAAAGAAACGAAAUAUCCACGACUCAAUGCUGAUCCCGUGAUUCCUGAAGCAUUUAAAGAUAAAUGGCCUAAAAUAAUGGAUGAAUGGGGAAAUCAAAUGCAUCGUGUCGUCCUUGAUGUGGCUGAAAUGGCUUCUGUUGGGUUUGGGAUGCGUGCCGAUGAAUUACCUGAUCUUACAAAAAAUGGUCCACAUUUAUUAGCUCCAACAGGAAGUGAUUUAGACAAAUAUGGAAAGAUUGGAACCAUCUUUGCUGGUUUUCAUUAUGACUUGAAUUUCUUGACGAUUCACGGGAAAUCACGUUUUCCUGGUUUAUAUAUUUGGCCGCGUAAUGGAGAUGUAAAAAUGCAGGUCCGUGUACCGGACGGUCACCUCUUGGUUCAAGCUGGAAAACAACUUGAGUGGAUUACGGGUGGAGAAGUAAAGGCCGGAUAUCAUGAAGUCGUAGUAACAGAAGAUACGAUCAAGUCAAUCGAAGAUGCUAAAAGAACCAAAUCAGGCCGUCCUCUCUGGCGUAUAUCGUCCACUUUCUUUCUUCACGUUGCGAGUGACAAAAUCUUGCAACCAUUGGAACCAUUUAAGUCGAAUCCUUCUCUUUAUCCACCUACUUUUGCUGGUGAUCAAGUUAAACACGAAUUGGGACUCAUUGAGUUAAUGAAAUAA